AGGCACCACCUUAGCUAACAAAGCAUGAGCCCGCUCCGCUCAAUCGUCAUCUUUCACAUGCUAUUUGAGGGGUGUUGGCUAAUCUCACAAAAGAAAAAAAAAUUAAAGAACAGCAAUGCGACUUUAGCAAGGCAACAAGUACUCGCAUCAACCUUUUAACCCGCAAGAUAGACAUUUUAUCGGCGCGAUGCUACCUGAUCUCUGAAGGUGCAGGUCACCACUUUAGCAAACGAUCGCAAGAAUAAAUUAAGAUUUGGUGCACAGGCAGCGCGCACACAGUACAUCAGUCGCAGUUCUAGCCUGGCAAACCCCUCGAUCGACAUCGCCUCGGUCUUUUCUCGAAUCCGUCGCACCUCCAGACCAGUAACCACCACGCCGGGUUCAGUCUAAAACUACCAAAUAUGGAGAAAUUUUCCCAAUUCCGGGACAGAGGUUCCGGCAUCUCUCCCUUCAUGCCCAUAUCAACACCCUCGGGCAGUUUUCUUUGGGUACUUGCCCAUACCGGCAUCUUCCUUGUCCGCCUGCCUUUGUUCAUCGCCUACAUGGUAGUGUAUUUUACCAUUCUGCACUACCUCCCCUUCCCGUCCGGCGUUCGCAAGAUCCUCUUAUGGAUCACCAUGGGCAUACUGGGGAUAUGGUGGGUGGACCUACAACUCGACGGCGUCAAACGCGGCAAGGUCUCCCAGCAGAGCGACAAGCUCCCCAAGGCGCCCUGCGUCAUCGCGGCCAACUUCACCUCCCCGAUCGACGCCCUCUACCUCGCCGCCGUCUUCAACCCCGUCUUCACCAUCUCGUACCCGAGCUCCCGCAAGGUCCGCCACGUCGGCCUGCCGCGCAUGUUCCUGCACGCCCUGGGCCGCAGCCAGUUGACGCAGGAGCCCGACCCGCGCUCCCUGACCGACGUCGCCGAGCUCCUGCGAAAGUACCCCGGCCGCAUCGUCGUCGUCUUCCCCGAGUGCGGCACCACCAACGGCAGGGGCAUUCUGCCUCUGGCCCCGAGCUUGGCCUCGGUUCCCGCGGACACGGGGAUCUACCCCGUCAGCAUCCGGUACACGGCGCCCGACAUCACCACCCCCGUUCCCGGGCUCUGGGGCUCGUUCCUGUGGAAGCUGCUCAGCCGGCCGAGGCACUGCAUCCGCGUCCGCAUCGCAGAGGUGCAGCACAAUGGAGCCGCCGCGGUGAAGAACGGUUCGUCUUCAAACGGCGGGACUGCAGAUGCCGGCCCGAACGAUCUCACACCCGAAGAGCAUCAGACGCUCGACAAGGUCGCGGAGGCCUUGGCGCGGCUGGGUCGGAACAAGAGGGUCGGGCUGACGGUGCAGGACAAGACUGCGUUUGUCCAGCUGUGGAAAAAGUCGAAAGGCUGGUUUUGACUGCUGCGAGGCGGUUGGUUCUUGGCAUCAGCAUUCCUGUAUGCCAUUUGCAUAGGUACAUAUUAAUCGAAUUUCGAUUCAAG